AUGCCUCACUUGCGCCGACAACCUAACCCACGCGAUCGCAUACCUGAUCAAGACCUCAGUACCCCAAACAACCUCCGCGCACAGUUCCAAACCCCACCAACGCGUCACACUCCCACCAACCCAACCCAUCAACACCACCCCUCCACCGGCUCAAAUGCUUUCACACCCGAUCCUGUCGCGCAAGCAGGACAUCCCGCGGCCUCAAUAAACCCCUUCACAAUCUUUGGUCGACCACGACCAGCGCAACCACCAAUGGACGACUCCUUCGACGAUGAUUUCGACCCGCGCGGCCGCAACAUGGAGGAACUAGACGACGGCCCCCUCGGCCACGACGACUCCUUCGACUACGACGACACCGAAGAAGGCCAAUUCGACGACUCCGAGAUUGAAGACGAGGAAGUAGAAGAAGUGGUCGAAGAUCAAUUCGAAGAAGACCCAGACGAAGAAAUGCACGAUCGAGGUACCAUCCCCCUCCCCCCAACUCCCACAUAUAACGCAUCUAACAAAUCCCCAGAGAAAUCCCCUUCCCCAUUACCCCCCAACCUGCGCGAGAUCUCCUCCCUCGCCUCCUGGACCGUCUCCACCUCCAAACCCGGCUGCGGCGUCGAGGCCCUCCGCAACCCCUCCCCAGCCCAAUACUGGCAAUCCGACGGCCCCCAACCCCACACCCUAACCCUGCACUUCUUCAAACUCGUCGCCGUCGUGCGCAUCCGCGUCUACCUCGACUUCGAACUCGACGAAAGCUACACGCCCACGAAAAUGAUCUUCGCAGCCGGAAUGGGCGGCAACGACCUCGUCGAGUUCGCAACCUGGGAAGGCGACGGUCCCUGCGGCUGGGUCGAUGUACCCCUCGAAGGCGUCGGCGGCCGAAACGGCGGCUGGGUGCGUGACACCCGUCGCCGGUCGAGCCAUCGCCGCACAAUGGUGUAUCGGAACUGCGAUGACCCGGCCCAUGCGCACGACGACGACUGUGAUCCGUGCUAUGAGUUCGAUCAGCCCGGUAGUCAGGAUGAAGAGGAUGACCCGUAUUCGGGGAAUGUGCUUAAGGCUAUGGUGAUUCAGAUGCGCAUCAUGGAGAACCAUCAGAAUGGAAAGGAUACGCAUGUUCGUGGGUUCCAGGUUUUCGCUUGUGAUGAUAAUCGGAGGCGCUUGGCGGCUGCGCCGUCGGCUUCGGCUGAUGCAAGGAGGAGGAGGCCUUCAUUGCGGGGACUUCAUGAUCUUCGGGGCCAUGAGGCGAGUGAGGAUGCUGAUGCGGGACUUGCUACUACUGGUUUGGAUGAGCCGGAUUGGAUGGGUGAGCCGGUGAUUCGAUAG